UCUGUCCAAAUUUCAUUAUGUGGCCAUGGCUUGUUGCCAUAGUUGGUUAGAUAACAUUAUCUCACACCACAUAUAUCUUGUUGCUUCAAGAAAAUCCCAAAACAAAUCCAUGUGCUUAUGCUUUCAACUUAGGCAUCAUGCCCCAUUUGCAUAUCUACUUGUUCUCUUCAUUUUUCAUUUCGAUAUACCAUUUCUGAAAAGUCUAUUUAUACAUAACAAAUUUCUUCAUUGCUCCCAUCAUCAACUCUUACACCAUAAAAACUUGAGAUUCUCUCCCACAAAAAGUUUCUCACUUCAGCUCAGUUUCAUACAAGAAUGGCAGUGCGACAAAUGCUGAGACGGUCUUUAUCUAGCGAGAGAAGAUCAGCUUCCUCAAGAAAUGAGGUCUCAAAGGGCCAUGUUGCUGUCUAUGUUGGGGAGAGUGAGAAGAAGCGUUUUGUUGUUCCACUCUCGUACUUGAACCACCCCUCGUUUCAAGAAUUGUUAUUUCAAGCUGAGGAGGAAUUUGGAUUCCGUCACCCCAUGGGCAGCCUCACCAUCCCUUGCAGCCAGGACACAUUCAUUGACGUCGUCUCUGGCUUGAGAAGCACAUGAUAUACACUAGCCAUGUUUUUAGAAAAGCACAUUUUUGUAGAUCAGAAUUUAGAAAUGUAUGUAAUGAGAAGAUAUUAAUACAUAGCCAUUUUCAGAUGCAACACUAUUGUUUAAGUAUUUUUUAAAAGGAUUAGCUAAAAAAAUCUCUCCAUGGAUUUCUUCAACUUCCAUAAUCUUAAACUUCAAAUCGAUGUGAAAGAAGUUUAGAUGUUAUUUUCACUCAAACUUAUCUGCAUUUGUC